CCUCCCUUCUGGGACUGGCACGGCCGAAGUCCGGCCCCGUGGGACUCCUCCACCCGCCCGGGCGGGGCUGAGGCGGGGCCGGGGGUGGUACGGCGGGAGCGGGGCUGCCGUGGGCGGUGGAGCGAGGAGCACGGCGGGAUCCGCACCAUGGGCUGCGGCUGCUGGCGGCUGCUGGGUCUCGUCUGCCCACUGCUCUUGCAGCUCGCCAGGAGCCAGGAGCCUGUCAGCAUGGCAGGGAAGUGUGACACCAUCUACAAGGGCUUCGCCAGCUGCCUCGUCAGCCUGGGGGACAGCAUGGCCCAGAGCGUCCGGCAGCAGCGGGAGGAGGGUGGCGAGGAGGUGCAGGAGCUGGACACCAUCUGCAAGUCCUGGGACGACUUCCACGCCUGCGCCAGCGAGGUGCUGUCGAGCUGCCCCGAGGAGGCCGCGGCCAUCUGGGAGUCGCUGCGGCAGGAGUCCCGCAAGAUCCAGUUCCAGGGCAACCUGCAGGAGCUGUGCAGCGCCCGCGGCCGUCUGGCCAGCGCCCGCGGCUCGCCCCCUGCCGAGACCAACCAGGCCACGCUGCGGGGCUGGGCCGCGCCCCUGCGCCCCCGGCUGCUGGCCCUGCUGGCCCUGCCGCUGCUGGCCUGGCUCUAGCCCGGCUCGCCCGCAAGGUGAUGCCCCUGCGCAUUCCCCCAGAGCUGGCCCUGCACCAGUGCCCAUGGUCCCUGCCAUGUGCACCUCCCGCUGGACAUCCCUUGUGGGGCUCGGGCCUCUCCCGCAGCCCUCCAGAAGAAUUUAUAUUUGUAUUAAAAGACAAUUUUGCACUUC